GAAGAGGUUCAAGAUCUUCGCGAACAACUAAUUGUGUAUGAAGGUGCUCUCAAUCUCUCUCAAAGAGAAGAGAAUGCAUUAUCUCCCCGCUCAGAAAAUUUCUCUGGUCACCCUGUAAAUCAUUCUUCUGUCGUUUUAAGAAGUACUCAUUUGUCUAGCCCAGGCCCGUGUGCUGAUGCUUUUGCACCGGCUAAGUUCCAUACUGGAACUAAAGCCGAAGAUUCAACAGGAUGGCUUUUAUGUCAUAGAUCUAAGUCACUUGGUCAGUUGAACAGGCUUGGCUUUGGCGCCACCGUCAAUGCUACUCCUCUUGUCAAACCAACUGCAGUCUUAACCUCAAUCAACAAUGCUGAAUGGCAUUUACCACCAACUCCAGCUGACCUCCUGCUGACUACUCCGAUGGCAGCCUCCACGGCUCUACAUACAGCCAGCAGAAACUAUGUUUUAUCUCAUCAGCUAUCUCGGUGUGUCCCAGGUCCUCCACGACCUGCCUCCACGCUGCCUCUCCUCUCGACAAACUCGGGUGGGCCAGUUGGACGGACAGAUCGAGGCAUGAAUAAAUUUCGGCUGACCGAUGAGAUCGGCAUAGAUGGUCAAAGUGAUUAUAUGGAGCCAAGAGAACCUAUGCUCCUGCGUCGAAGUGCUGAUGCAGCACUUAGUGCGGACUUGAUUGAAACGCCUUUGUUCGAUGGCCUUCGCGAACUCCGGGAGUCCCUAGUUUUGCCCACAACCGCCAUAACUUCUAGGAGAUCAGAUUUACACUCCAAUAACCGUGACACUGCUGGUAGUAGUCGAGGGCAACAACUAUUAACAGCAAAUAUCUUAACGGGCCUGCGUCGCGAACUUGAACGAUGUCUUGAAGGCUAUAGGUUAAAGCGUGAGCAGGUAACAAACCUACGUGAGACUCUUUUUUCGGUCCGUUGCCAGCUUCAUCAAGCAAAAGGCCGGGCAGACAAAUCUGAUUCCGAGAUCAAACUCCUACGAGUGAGAUUCUUUAUCCUAUUCUUUUUUUAA